AUGAGCUGCGCCGCGGGGAGCGUCGUGCUCCCUGCCGGGGAGCCGCCGCGAGCGGCCGCCGCCCCGCUGGAGCUGCCGGCCGGGGCGGGGGAGGCGAGCGGAGACACCCCCGAGGAGGACGAGGGCCGGAGAAGCGGCUCGGAGAGCGGGGCCGCCGGCGGCGACAAGCCCGAGACGCGCUCGGUGUGCAGCAGCAGCGAGAGCGGCAGCGGCGGCCACGCCGGAGGGGCCGGCCCCAUCUGCAAGAUCUGCUUCCAGGGCCCSGAGCAGGGUGAAUUGUUAAACCCUUGCCGCUGUGAUGGCUCAGUACGAUACACGCAUCAGCUUUGCCUUUUAAAGUGGAUAAGUGAAAGAGGGUCAUGGACCUGUGAACUCUGCUGUUACAGAUACCAUGUUAUAGCCAUUAAAAUGAAAAAGCCUUGCCAGUGGCAAAGCAUUACUAUAACACUGGUUGAGAAAGUGCAGAUGGUUGCUGUAAUCCUAGGAUCUCUGUUCUUAGUAGCAAGUGUGACUUGGCUUCUAUGGUCAGCCUUCAGCCCCUAUGCAGUAUGGCAAAGAAAGGACAUCCUUUUUCAAAUCUGCUAUGGAAUGUAUGGUUUUAUGGAUCUAGUAUGCAUAGGACUGAUAGUACAUGAAGGUGCAUCUGUUUAUCGAGUGUUUAAGCGCUGGAGGGCUGUGAAUCUACACUGGGAUGUGUUGAAUUAUGAUAAAGCCAUGGACAUAGAAGAGAGCAAUCGAGGAGAAUCCUCAGCAGGAAGGACAUUGUGGCUGCCACUGACUGCGUUUAGAAACAGAAGUUUAGUGCACCCAACACAGUUAACCUCACCGAGAUUUCAGUGUGGCUAUGUGUUGUUACAGCUGUUCAACCGCAUGAGACCUCAGGAAGAUUCAUCAGAGGAUAACUGCUCUGGGGAAGUAGUGAUGAGAGUGACCUCAGUGUAAAGAUUGUGYUCACUGUGCUACACAGAUAAGGAUAAUGUGCCCUGGUGUUACAGGGCUCUGGAAUGUAGUUAUGAUGAAUGGUGAAACCAUUAACACUUGAAAAAAUAUGUACACUUUCUUUUUUUAAAUUUAAUGUUUUUUAUAUGAUCAGAUAAAACACAAAUACAUUUUUCUGGGGGAAAAAAAGUCUCUUGCUUUUUAUAUAGUCUGAUUUAUUGAACCUUUUCUCAAUUUGUACCUGAGGUGUAUAUAACAUAGCUUAACUCUUAGGUCUUUAAAUGAUGAGGAAAUUCAUUUUUAAGUAAAAAGAUGUAUUUAAAUGUAUUUUCUUAAACUCUGGCUUUAACCCACUACUGCUAUUUUUUUUCCACUUUCAUGAGGAUUAAACUGGACAACAUUCUUCURAAAAGAAUAAGAAUGUUGACACAAGUCAAAUAUUCUUCCUUUUCUGUCUUUAUUUUGCUGUUGUUUGUAGGUCAGUUCAGGUGUGUGAGAGUAAGGGGUAUAUUGUCCUUUGCCUUUAAGCAGGAAGUCCAGUGGGUGUCCUACAAAACCUAAAGGAAGAUGGGAAUUCUUUUCUUUUAGC